AUGUCGGCGAUAAAUGGGGAUGUGGGCAAGCAGCAGACGCUGCUUGCAAUACAGCAAGGCGUUUUCCUUAGGCCCUACAUAGUUGAGUCUGUCACUCUUCGCAUCGGCCCUGCACGUAAAAGGUACUUUGUCUCCUCUAGCCUAUUGCAGAAUCAAGCAUGGAUCGAAUCCUCCCGGAGUCGCAUAGAAUUGCCGGACAUUGACGAGAACACCGGCCAUAUCCUGGUCCAUUACCUCUACACCGGUACCUACCAAACGCUCGACAACAUUGACGAGUCUGCCAUGGAAGACACGCAUGCCGAGUUCAAAAGAGCGUUCUCCGCAUACGUCAUGGCACAUAAAUACCAACUUGCUGGGUUGCAGCAGUUGGCGUUAUAUAAGAUUAAAUACUUCGGCGGAAAUAUGACCGUGUGUGACAUCGUCGCUGCGAUUGACGCAGACUUCUCGAGACUAACAGAGAGUGCGAUCGGUUUCGAAGAGUACUUGAUAGAGAAAGCCAGAAAUGCGUUCGAGAAGGACCACACUGUGUUCUUAGGAGAUGGAUUGUUUGACCGUAUCAACAGCGUCGCGCUCAGCAAGAUCUUGGCGAAAUGCAUUAUACGGUUCUAUAAAGACAAAGUUACACAUAUGCUCCAGGUCGAAGGGUCAUAUAAUCAGUCUUCUGAGAAGCACAAGCCCUCAUCCGUUGUUGUGGUGAACGGAGAGGAGGUACUUAGGGGUGAUAUGAUAGAAAGUCCAGGCCAUGCAGAGGCGCAAGAAGACAAAGCGAAUGAGCCAGUGACUAUGAAGGAAACGCCUUUGCAUGCUGAGCAAGCGCUGGAGAUAGACGGCUGGGGCUCCUUCUUUCGUACUGGCAAGGAGAAAAAAGGGAAGAAGGGCUUGAGGCAGGACUCCAAGGAUGAAGUGCCACCACCGGCUGAGGAGGAUGGCUGGGGAGGCAUCACUACGACGAAAUCGAAAAAGAAGGGCAAGAAGGGAGCACUGAUUGAGGAAUCUGUCCCUGAGCCAGUGGCAGAACCAGAGCCUUCACCACCUGAACCUGAGAAGAAGGACGAGGAUGACCCGUGGGCUUUCUCGUUUAGUGCUUUGUCAAAGGAUAAGAAGAAAAAGAAGGGCAAGAAGGGAGCACCGAUUGAGGAAUAUAUCCCUGAGCUAGUGGCAGAACCAGAGCCUUCACCACCUAAACCUGAGAAGAAGGACGAGGAUGACCCGUGGGCUUUCUCGUUUGGUGCUUCGUCAAAGGACAAGAAGAAAAAGAAGAAAGGCUCUAUCGAAGAAGCAGCGCCACCACCAUCUUUCGAGCCCCAGCCAGUGCCCGGCAUUGAGCCGUUACAGGAUGAAAGUCCACGCAUACUAUUCGAGCCAGAACCGGUGCUUGAACCUGAGCCAGUGCUUGCAGACGACCCAUGGGGUUUUUCUUCCACUUCCAAAUCCAAGAAGAAAAAGAAGAAAGGUGUAUCUGAGCCGCCUGCAGAACCUGCACCUGUCGAGGAGCAGCAGGUAUCGCCUGAACCUGUGCCGGCGAACGUAGAAGACCCAUGGGGCUCUUGGGCUGCACCCACAAUAAUGUCGAAGAAAGCUGCACCCGAGCCGCCUGCGGAGCCUCAACCAGCCGCGGAGCCUGCACCUGUCGAGGAGCAACAGAUAUCGCCUGUACCUGAGCCAGCAAAUUUAGAAGACACGUGGGGCAAGAAGAAAAAGAAGAAGAAGGGCAAGAUGAUGGAAGAACCACCACCGCCCCCCGAGCCAGAGGUUUUUCCAGGAUUCGAGCUAGUGCAGGCAGAUGUACCUUCGCCACUUCCUCCCAUGCAAGAGCCAUCACCUGUACCCGAGCAAACAAGCGGAGAAGACCCUUGGGGUGCAACCACAUCUAAUUUGCAGAAGAAAAAGAAGAAGAGUAAGGGGAUGGUAGAGGAACCACACGCUGAAGGGCCUCUGUCGCCACCGCCUGAGCCAGCUUUGAUCGAGGAGCGGGAGGACGUUGUAGAUCCACUACCUGAGCACGUGGUUGAAAAGCAUCAAGAUGAGGGCUGGGGAGCUUUGAGCCACUCUCUCCCGAAGAAGGGAAAGAAAAAGAAGGGCAAGAAGGGUGAGAUAUCCCCUGGACCUAUACCAGAGCCUGUUGUUGUUGAACCUAGCAUCGUCCAAGCGCCGAACGGCAGUGAAGAACCAAGGUUAGAGGGCCAGGAGGAAGGAAAGGAGCCUCCGUCUAAGAGCGACACCGAGUUGUAUCAUGUGUCGGGCUUGGCUUGGUCAAGCUAA